UCAGUUGCCCGCCAACCGCUGUAAACAGAGCACUUCCGUGCUCAUGAGAGUCGGUUAAUCGAAAAAUAUAAUCGAUUCCCGCGAUGAGUACGAAUCCUGAAAAUGUGGCGUCUACGCCUUUAAUGACUACAAAGGAGAAUCAGGAAAAUGUCAUCGUUUCGCCACAUGGGAAGACACUGAUCAGGGAGGACACUAUACUAGCUAAUAUACCCGGGUGUGCUCUGUGCGGCACGGUCAACUUUACGUGUUCCGCGGUGAAAAACCAGUGGUCAGUUUUGUGUUGGGGCAGACCAUCAGAUAAGAAGUAUUAUUUCUUGCUCGUAUUGCUGGCCUCGACGUUAGUCCUGAGUCUAAUGGGCACCAUAUUUUUUAGUCUGAAUAACACAAUCAAUGAUGCCGUAUUAUCUAACAUGGUGAUUCGGAACAACACACUGUCUUACUCAUUAUGGCGGCAGCCCAGCGUGCAGCCAUUAAUGAAAGUAUACCUCUUCAACUAUACCAAUUGGAAGGACGUUAAAGAAGGACGGGAAAAAAAGCUACAUGUUGAAGAGGUUGGACCCUAUGUGUAUUCGCAACAAAUUGAACGAGUGAACGUCAAGUUUAAUGAUGACAAACUUAGCUAUCAGGAGAAGAAUUACUUCAGAUAUUUGCCAGAGCAAUCUGUUGGGGCGAACUUCGAUAAGGUUUUCGUACCAAAUUUACCAUUAUUGGGUCUAGUAGCAAAGACCAAAAGCAUGGAAUUGAAUACUUUUCAGCAACUGACGUUGGAAUCUCUACUAGUGAGCUUCGCAAAAAACCAUGAAGCCUUCAUCGAACUGCCUGUGCAUAGGUUCCUAUGGGGUUAUGAUGAUACGAUUAUCGACACGGUAAAAAUCUUCAUGCGAUGGAGAGGUGAGAUGAAAUUCAACAAAUUUGGACUUCUAGCAACGAAAAAUGACACGUUGUCCGAGCGACUGACCAUCAACACGGGAGAGUGGAGUAAAGACAAAAUGAAUGUACUAGAGGGGGUGGAAGGCGAAGAUCAUCUACCGUACUGGGAUAGUCCGUAUUGUAACAGUAUCGAGGCUACAGACGGAACAAUAUUCCCGCCAGUUAUGCUGGACAAGAAAUCAACGCUUCAUGUAUUCUAUCCGAAUUUGUGUCGUCGCCUGCCUUAUAUAUUUGAUAAAGACGUAGAGGUUGGCGACAUUCCACUUCUCCGAUACAAGAUGCCAACGAAUGUGUUCGACGACCCUAGUGGGAACCCUGACAAUCAGUGCUACUGCCAAUUGGACACGGGAAUUUGUCCGCCCAAAGGUGUCAUUGACGUCUCAGCCUGUACAAUGGGUGCUCCAGCCUUGGUAUCCUUCCCCCAUUUCCACUUGGGCGACCCGCUACUCCGCGAGAAUGUGAGCGGCCUGCGUCCAGAUCCUGCAUUGCAUGAGUCUCACUUUGAUAUACACCAGACAUUGGGCCUCACUCUUUAUGGGAAAUCCAGUUUACAAAUCAACGUCGAAGUUAAAAACACGCCACCAUUCACAUCCGUUGGAUUUCUGCAGAAAGGAACAAUUUUACCAGUUGCCUGGCUUGAAAUGAGCGUUACGGAACUACCAGAGAGCAUACGGACCCUAAUAUACCACGGCACCUACUCCACAGCUGCCAUACAACUUGUGAUUAGAGUAAUAUGCAUACUCUCACUGAUCAUAUCCGCGUUAUGCUUAUUUACUUUAAUUUUCGGCAGAAGACCGAAACCGUGCGUUUCAAUACACCAUAAACCUGAAUUAGAAAAAACACAAGUGUCUUGUUCCUGAGAAGAUAAAGGGCAAUAUUCUGUGAUUUUUAAUGACUUUCUUCAGUAUCAAAGUGCAAAAUUAUAUAAAGAUCUAUAGCGAAUUUAAUGUUUUUACCCGCAGUGCAUAUACUUUCAUUUGCACUGUUUACAUCAUGAUUUUAUAUAUGGAAGCAAAUGAUUCAAUAUUCGAAAUAAGUUGAAAGUUUAUAAGAUUCAAAAAGGCAUGCCACCCACACUAUAGCAAAUACAAUUUAGAACAACAGACGUUCUAUCGUAAUGUCUGUUCGCCUAAGACGUGAUUUUUUUUCAGAUAAUAAUGCACGUUUAACUACGUUAUAGUAGUUGAUCAUUAUGUUAACAACAACAAAUGAAGUAAUUAACAACGAUCAAAAUAUCUAUAAUUUCUCAGGUUUUGUCAGAUCUUAAGUAGUCUGUACUUGGUCACCUACUGGGUUUUACCUAGUAUAAAAUACUGCCUAGAUGGCACUGGUAUCUCAUAAUUCAGGGUUUCGCUAGUCCUAAAACCGGAU